GUGGCAGCCUGUCCAAGCAAAUGUAAUCAGAUUAAACGAGCCGGAAUUCGGAAGGAUGUACCGGUGGCUGGAAGCACUGAGCACUUGGUGGAUCUGAUCCAGGGGUAAGUUGUGUCUGCAGUUUCUAGUUUUAUCACAGACACGGCGUUAGCCUGGGAGACAACAUUUUCAUGACUGAGCUUUUGUGUUUUCACCUGCUGAUCAUUUGCUGCUCAGCUGUAGCCCUUAUUAAAGAGAGACAGGCUUGUUAAUGCCGUGUGUGGAGGGGAAUCCGCGUCUUAUAGGCGCGCUGCAACGCCGUGACGCAUUUCACACUCUCCUGCUGCAACACAAUAAAAUAUGAAUCGCCAGCUUGCCGACGAUGGGACGCUUCCUUGGCUGCAAAAAUGGUGAGGAAGGGGGGUGUGGCGCUGUAACCAUCACCCAUUCACCAAAACAAUACACGCCCAGAUCUCGUGCAUUUGUGGCGUAAAAAGUCGGAGCCGGGGUUGAGGUAGUGGUGGUGGUGGGUGUGAGAAGCGGGUGGUGGUGGUGGUAAGGUUUUGAUCACUGUGGCGCUGUCUGCCUAGAUCCCUCUCGCUGGGGUGCACAGGCCAUCUAGCCAGGCAGCCAGGCAGCCAGCCCCCUCGGCCGCCCCGCCGCGCUCCGUCCCUCCGCAGGGUCCGGGCUGCAGAUAAAAAGCGCUCCACGCAGGGGGAUCCUCAUCACAGUACGCAGAUUCAAAGCCUGGAUGUAAGAGCGAAGCAGUGGCCUGCGGAUGAAGAUGCGAUAACUACGGUAAGAUUAAAGGCAAGUUAGGACCAUGAUCCAUGGCUGUGCUGUGUGUGUCAGUGCAGGUUGUGUUGCAGGAGGAGAUUGAAUGCCUCUAAAAUCUCAAGGCUGUGAGCCCUGUGCAGGGUGGUGAUGAGCAGUCAGGGCAGCAGCAGCAGGGGAAGUGGCCAGCAUGCUGACACUCCUCCCCCUCGUCAUGCCCCUGGACCCAAGCUGCAGGUGCAGCGCUCCCUCUCUCGUGACACCAUCACCAUCCACUUCUCUGCCCUGGGGAAGGAGGAGGACGAUGAGGAAGAGGAGCUUUACGGGGUGCCGCGCAGAGCUAAAUCUGGGCUAGAGGGUGCAGAAGCCUCUGGGGCUGAUGACCAGUCUGUCGCCACGGGCUUGGAGGCAAAAGAGGAGCUACUGUUUGAACCCACAGGAAUGGAGGGCUUUUCUGGAGCUGCCGUGCUCCCUGUUUCAUCCACCACUCUGUCUGUGCAACCUUCAGAGCCUCACCCACACAUACCCUCUGCAGCCAUGACUAUUAUCCCAACCUCCACCCAGUCCCACCUGAGCUCCAGCCCACCCGCCAGCUCCUCCUGGCCCUCUGACCGACCCACAGCAAAUCCUCCAUCCACAAGCUCCAGCUCCUCCUCCCCUUGUAAGUCAGCAGCAUUGUCGUCCUCCAAGCCCUUUCUCAGCCUGGUCAGAUCUUUGUCCAAUGACGUCGAAUCUCGAGAAUCCACGCCCGCGCCCUCCACUGUCGCGCCAACCCACGCACGCCACCGACACUUAAUGAAAUCUUUUGUUAAGUCUCUAUCCACGGACACUUCAAAAGGCGAACAUCAGGAAGGGCCUCUCCAUCACUAUCUUCAUCAGCAGCAGCAGCAAAUACAGCCGUCCCACCGGCCUCCGCCUCGCAACAUGCAGCUCUUCAAGCAGUUCUCCCAGCCUCGUUUAUCCUCCAGCCCCGUCAUCGUCACUCAAGCGGGUGGAGACUCCAAAACAGCGCCUUCUUCCCCCAUCAUGUCCCCAGAUGGUAGGUCUUUCUUCAAGGUCCAAGAGGUGGAGGCCAAGAUAGAAGACACCAAACGGCGGCUGUCAGAGGUGAUGUCAGACCCCCUGCAGCUUUUCAGUAAGAUCAUGGGGGAUGAGUCUGGUGUGGGAGCCGGUGGAAGUUCUGCUCAUCGCACCAAAUCGCUGUCCUCCAGCGCGUCAGAGCUCUGCGGUGUGACAGCGGUAAACGGGCACACGGAAGGUAACAACAACUAUAGCAUUAAGGAGGAGGAAGGGGCAGAAGGGGAUGAAGAAGACGAGACGCCCACAGGCAAAGGCCCAGACUCGGUUUUUUUCUCUUUUCCAUCACUGGCACCGGCUCCAGCUCCCGCCCAGGCCUCCUCAUCCACUUUCCAUAAGUCUCCAUCUCUGACUCUGGGCCGCUGCUCUAUGUCAGCCCUUGUAGCUCGACAGGAAGAUGAGGACUUCUGUGAACUGUACAGCGAAGACUUUGAGUUAUGUACUGAUACAGAGACGCCCGAUGGGGAUCGUCCCGGGUCCCGGCAGCCCCACACCGGCAGCACCGGUUUGUGUAGUGAACUCGAUAUGGAGGAAGAAGAUAAAGCGGAUGAGGAGCUGGAGGCCGUGCCUGUGACUGGCCUCGUCUUCUUAACGCAGUUGGUGUACUGGUACUUACUCCUUCCUGUGCCACCCAGCGUAUGUGCAGUGGUGCAUGGGAUAGCUGCUGGGUUCAUGUUGGCCUUGCUGGUCCUCUGGCUGUCCUCUCCCCGACGCUCCUCAUCAGGAACAAGAAGAGGGAAGGGAAGGAUUGGGCACUGGAAUGUGGCCCAGUUGGAUAUAAAAGAACCAGGAAUAUUCAAGGGCUGGAUGAACGAGAUCCACAGCUAUGACCCAGAGAUGUACCACGCCACCCUGACCCACUCUGUUUACGUCCGUCUUGAGGGCUCCGUCUUACGUCUGUCCAAGCCCAACCGGAACAUCUCCCGGCGUGCCACACACAACGAGCCUAAACCCGACAUCACUUACAUCAGCCAGAAGAUCUACGACCUGACCGACAGCAAGAUCUACCUGAUGCCCCAGAGCUUGGCUAGGAAGAGAGUUUGGAAUAAAAAGUACCCUAUUUGCAUUGAGUUGGCCAAGCAAGAGGACUUCAUGUCCAAGGCCCAGGGAGAGACAAGGCCCGAGGUCGGGGAGGACAAAUCAACGGGGCCGGGUGAGAAGAUAGAGCGAAUGGACAAAGGCGAGAAAGCUGAAGGAUCUGCGUUGGCAGAGGAACCCAAAAGGCCGGCAUCUGGAGGAGGAGAUCUGACAAUCUACUUGUUUGGGAGGACGGGUCGGGAAAAGGAAGAGUGGUUCCGGAGAUUUCUUCUAGCUUCCCGAAUGAAGUCGGAGGGGAGAGGUGGCGGUCUGCCUGGCAUCUGCAAGAGUGCCUUCCUGCCCUCCCACAGCCGUAGCAGCAGCACCCAGUCUGGCGGAGGCCUGGAGGCUGACAGCAGGAGCAGCAGCCGGGGGAGCCUGGAGGAGCUCUCGCAGUCUCGUCAGAGAGAGGCCUCCUCCUCCUCCGCUCCCUCCUGUGGCUCGGCCGCAGGGAUGAAGCAGAAGAUGCUGUUGGACUACAACGUCUACAUGGCCAAGUAUGUCAACCCUCAGGCACCGCAGAGGAGCCCGACCGCCCCCGACAGUCCUGGGCAGAGUCCUGAGAGCAGCCCCAAAACUACCAAAAAGUUACGGAGGAGCUCAGAUGAGACUGUGGAGCCUGAGGCCUGGGUCAACGCUUUUCUCGGGAGGAUAUUCUGGGACUUCCUGGGAGAGAAGUACUGGGCCAAUGUAGUCUCCAAAAAGAUUCAAAUGAAACUCAGUAAAAUCAGGCUGCCAUAUGUUAUGAAUGAACUGACUUUGACAGAGCUAGACAUGGGCUUCUCCAUCCCUAAGAUCCUGAAUGCCUCCAAACCCUCUGUGGACCAUCAAGGUCUGUGGUUUGAUCUGGAGGUCUCCUACACGGGCUCAUUCCUCAUGACACUAGAAACCAAGAUGAACCUGGCCCGUCUAGGGAAGGAGGGCGAGGGGCUUGGGGAGCAUGGGAAAGAAUGGCCCAGGCCGCGGACAUACUGUCUGGCAGACAGCGAUGAGGAGUCGUCCAGUGCUGGCUCGUCGGAUGAGGAGGAUCCCCCUGAACUCCUCAGUGACAAACCUGUUCUGCCUGGAGGCGAGAGCUAUGUGGGAGGCCACAGGCCCAGCAAGAUCAUGCGCUUUGUGGACAAGAUAGCCAAGUCCAAGUACUUCCAGAAGGCCACGGAGACCGAGUUCAUUAAGAAGAAGAUGGAGGAGGUGUCCAACACACCUCUGCUGCUCACCGUGGAGGUGCAAGAGUGCCGCGGGACGCUCGCUGUCAACAUCCCACCUCCUCCCACAGACAGGAUAUGGUAUGGUUUCCGGAGUCCGCCUCACCUGGAGCUGAAAGCGCGGCCUAAACUGGGUGAGAGGGAGGUCACUCUAGUUCAUGUGACUGACUGGAUUGAGAAGAAACUGGACCAGGAGUUCCAGAAAAUAUUUGUGAUGCCAAACAUGGAUGACGUGUGGCUACCCAUAAUGCACUCUGCCAUGGACACGCGUUCAAAUGCCAACUUGGUUACUGUGACAAACGAUGCCUUGAAGGACCCAGAACCCGAGGAGUCUGAGGUCUCCUCUGACAUGUGAAGAUUUGGCGUUGUAAGCGUUCGCUGGUGGACGUUUUAUCGCCAUGGCAAUAUGACAAGAACCCGCCCACCCCUUCCCCUCCACCCCGGCCCGACUCAGAAACCACGGGUGCGGCAGUGGGCCAGGCCAACUCUCCGAUAUUUUUAUCCACAUCCCCAGUCCCGCUGUCGCACCCGUCCUGUGGCCAUUCAUCGAAGUACACUCACGAAACUGGAAGCAUUGGCGAGCUCGUGAUCAUCUGUGGCCACUAAAAGCAGGAGAAGGGAAGAGGAUUGUGACUUGUAGGUUUGCACAGUUUUAUUUGUGUGACAUCAAAUAUUAUGACUCAUUCUCUGAUGAAACACAAUACACAGGGCAUGAUGAGACUGGUGGUGGAUUGAUUGACAAAUAGCCAUCUGAUUCAACCCGAAGAACCAUAUUACCUGUGAUGUACAGCUGCACCAAACAUGAUAGUUGUACAGUGAGAACUUUCUAACCGAUCGUUGCUCGAACUCUACGAGAACUCUGAGGCCACGCCGACGAAGAGUGUGUAUGUCUGAGAGAGGGAGUAAUCCUAAAAAUUUGGAGACAACUUUACUGAAAGCCCCCCCCCCCGUGUCUAUUAAUACAUGUUUCACAGGGAUAUCAAGGCUCAUUUAUAACCCAUCCACGCUGCUGCCUGUGCCAGCCGCCUGGCACUUAUAUGCAAACAGAUCAAUGGCGCUGUGUCCAUCGAAGACACUAAGUCAGUUUAAACCCACUACAGACACUAUCAUAUCGUACAGCCUGUGUGCUUUUUCCUGUGUGGUAGGGAUUAGAGCUAAAACUGACUUUAGUGGGGCGAAUUGAAAUAUAUCAGCAAACACAGCAGCUAGACAUUGCCUAGGUCUGAUGAAUGUAUAAAUAGGAAUGCAGCUCCCCUAGCUCAUUCGAGGAGUAGCUCGUUCACUGACAACGUGCUUCUACGCAACACGCUUCAAGACUUCUUUUCACGUUCUAUUCACAGUUCAGAGUAACGUUCUGUUUUUUCUUGCCAAAGCAAUCUUUCAGUCCUGUUUGAAGAGUACUGUGUGGGGUUAACGGUGACAAAUAAGCAAUCGGAUGACUAACCUGAGUUCCUGUACAGUCGAAGUUUAGUUAAUUGUAGCUGGGAAGACAGAGAAAUAAUCUUUUUUCUUUACUGAGGGGGCUGUGGGAAACUGAAACCCUUCGU